GCGUGUCAAGUUGUUAUUGCUGAAUGUUCGGUAGCUCUGGUUACAUCCGCAUACACACCAAGUCGCCUGGAGGAGGAUUGUUCACAAGAGGACUUCAGAUUUGUAUCAAAAUAUUGAUUGAACUUGAGAAGACUUCAAGUUGGCUGUGAGAAUGAUUAAAAACAGGGCUGUCUCUCUGGGCUGUUUGUCCGGAUUUGUUAUUGUUGGGGGGAUAAUUUUUGCUGUCCUUUUGGCUUUUCCUUACGAUAGCUCUCUUGUUGAAGUCAGUAAUUCACGCGAUUGGGAUGCCUAUAAAUACGUUACACUCUUCCCAUUUUGGAUUUUUGGCUUUGUGUUCAUAGUCCCUGGGAUUCUUGGCUGUAUCGCCGCUUUUGUCCAGAACAAAUGUAUGUAUGUGACAGCAUUGGUUUUCGGCAUCCUGGCGAUCAUUACCAUGGCUAUUAUUAUUAUAGUCCUUGGCGUUGGAAUUCAAGGCGUUAAUACAGUCGUACAACUUUUCCAUACCAAAUGCCAAACUAGUGAGGACAAGUGCGUCUGCAGUGAUGAAGGCGAAACUAUUAUCACCAUUCAUAAACCCUGCGAGUAUUUCGAGCAAUUUUCCAGAAUCUACAUCGCGAUGUUCGUCAUGAACAUCGUUACCUGGAUUGUUUUAUUCGCUGAGUUCGUCUUGUGCUGUUACUACACCUGCUGUGCUAGGGACCAUUCGAUUCCCUACGUGACAAUGCAACCUGACUUUCACGGAAUUUCUGUCACUCAAGUUACCCAACAAAGUUCACAGUCCGGCGUCAACCCCACGUACAUGUUACCAGCGUAUGGCGCCCCACAGUCAGGUCAAGCAGGGUACGGCGCCCCACAGCCAGGUCAAGCAGGGUACGGCGCCCCACAAUACGGGCAAGCAGGGUACGGCGCCCCACAAUACUCAAAAGCCUGAGGCAUCACGCUCCAUACAGGCCGCUUCGCUUGACUGAAUUUGUACAGUUUUAUCCCUAUACAAUAUAAAAUGAAAACAACUACCCUACACCAUAAAAUAAAACAUAACCACGAUUAUAAAGUACAGCUAUAUGUGUAAUUUAAAAGCUAGAUUCCCAUUGGGUCAUUUAAGUAGCAAGCGUAUGAAACAUAUCCGAACCUAUCUGGAAUUUGUUUUUAAUUUUCCUUUUUUUUCUAAAUUAUGUAUACUAAAUUUCAAAAUACUCCUCUCCUGCGAAAUACAGCAAUUUAAUUUUUAAAAUAUUUAUUGUCUGCAUAUAGAAUUUUAAUGUUUCCAUCCUUUACAAUCUGACUCAUUAUUUUUUUUAUCAAUAAAGAGAGGGGGGUUACAAUUAUUUUAAUACAAAGUUGUAAAUAUUUUGAACAGCAUAUUGUAAUUUUUAAUUGCUUGUAAUUCUGUUAUUUUAUAUCAUUUUUAAAAUGUAACUUUUUAACAAAAAAAAAUAAUUUUGCUUUGGUAUUAAAACUUAUUUUCUUACAAAAAUAUAGAAUAGAUUGAAUGAUUCCUCUAAAACACACAUGUGUAUUCCUAGAAAAGUUUCACUGUUCGAUCUAUCAGUCUCUGUGCUGAGGUAAAAAUAGAAACAAAUUUCACGAGCCGACCCGCGGCAUAUCAUAAGCCGCUACUUAGUUGUUGUUUUUUCUACUUUUCAGUAAUUCAUAAUUUGUGAAUUCGACACUACCAACGCUGCCACUGAAAAAACACUAUAAGUAGCUCGUUAAGGACGAUAACCCCC